UGCUUUGCAGGUGAAACUGACAUGGUUUGUCACUGAAUAGGACUUAGACCCUACUGGAUACCCUUUACAAAAUUUGAAUUGGCAGGACACUGAUCUAUUUGCUCAGGUCAGGGAAACCUAACCUACGGUCGCCAUGACUCUUACUGACCUGUUUACUUUCAGUUUGCCAACUUUCUUUUGUCAUUUACUUUAGAAAUAUUUUUUGAACAACAAGAAAGACUCAGUGUGUCAAUUUCAGUUCUAUAAAGCUUAAAAGAUAAAUUAUCUGCUUUGGAAGCUACUCUCAUUUUUGAGUAAGAGCUGGUAUGAUUUAACCGAUCUCUGUUGCUAAAGUGAGGUUGGGACAUGUGGUGUGGGCAGGUCAGGAGGUGGGAUUGCAAUCCAAGUCAAUAGAAUUACUCCAUUAUAAAAGCAGGUCCACAUUUCCAUAUUCCUUACAGCACCUGGUGAGCUCUUUUGAUCACUUGUGGUUGUGAAGACAUGAUCAUGAAAUUUACUGGUGUUUGCGCUGUGGUGCUGGCCAUGCUUGGCAGCUUUUGCCAUGCUCAAUAUGGAAAGAAAACAACACCACCUCAGACACCACAGCAGCAGUUUCAGACAUUUGAAAAAAAAAUUGAAUGGUCAUAUCCUGGUGAUCCCCAGAUUGCUCCCAAACCAACUGGGCCAUUUGAACAGAGAUUUCCUGUUGCUGCUGCAACUGUAGCUGUCGAAUGCAGAGAGAGCAUCGCUCACGUGGAGGUCAAGAAAGACAUGUUUGGCAUUGGCCAGCCUAUCAAUCCAAAUGACCUCACCUUGGGUAACUGUGCUCCUGUUUCUGAGGAUAAUGCUGCUCAAGUGUUGAUUUAUGAAUCUGAACUGCAUCAAUGUGGGAGCCAGCUAGCGCUGACAAAUGAUGCCCUCGUCUACACCUUUAUUCUGAACUAUAACCCCAGAGCUGUGGGAGCCUCUCCUGUUAUAAGAACCUCCCAGGCUGCUGUCAUUGUGGAAUGCCACUACCCAAGGAGGCACAAUGUGAGCAGCCUUCCUCUCGAUCCCCUCUGGGUCCCAUUCUCUGCAGUAAAGAUGGCUGAGGAGUUCUUGUACUUCAGCAUGACACUUGUGACUGAUGACUUCAUGUUUGAGAGGCCAGUGUUCCAGUAUUUCCUGGGAGACCUGAUCCGUGUAGAGGUUGCAGUCAUGCAGUACUUCCACGUGCCCCUGCGUGUUUAUGUGGACAGAUGUGUUGCUACACUCUCCCCUGAUGCAACCUCCACCCCCAGUUAUGCCUUCAUUAAUAACUUUGGGUGUUUCGUUGAUGCCAGGAUCACAGGCUCUGACUCAAAGUUCCUGGCUCGCACUGAAGAGAACAAGCUUCGGUUUCAGCUGGAGGCCUUCAGGUUCCAAAACUCUGAAAGUGGAGUGAUCUACAUUACCUGCCAAUUGAGGGCGACAUCCACUUCCACUUCCAUAGACAGCCAGAACAGAGCAUGUUCCUACUCUGGCAGAUGGACUGAGGCCAGUGGAGUUGAUGCAGCUUGUGGUUCUUGUGACUCUUCUGAUGUGGUGCCAUAUUCCGCUCCAGCAGUUGAAUUUGGUAACCCAGUUGCCCUACCUGGAGGCAACACUGGUGGAGGAGGACAGCCUGGGUUUCCUAAAAUCCCCUUUCAGCGUCCAAGGAAAAGUCGUGAUGUGACCAAUUCUGAAGUUUUCCAAUAUGAAGGCACGGUCCGUAUAGGUCCAAUCCCCGUCAUGGAGAAGAAGAUUUGAAGAAAAAAAGUCCUAUGUGAUCUACUACUGUUGCCAUGAAGACUUAAAUAAACAGUAUCAUUGGUU